AUGUCGUGGCGGGUGCUGUCACCUGUCUCUGCUGCUGCCUGUGUCACCCUCCUGCUCAGCUGUGCCUGCCUUGGCUCUGCUGCCCAGCCCUCCUCAGUGCCCAACAAGAAAGGGCGAGCCCUGCUGCCCCUCACUCCCCAGGAGAAGAACGUGUGCUCCCAGGCCUCCGAGGAAGAUUUUCUCAGCAGCACCCUCAGCACCCGCCUCCUGCCCGCCCUCUACUCCGUGGUGCUGCUGGUGGGGCUGCCAGCCAACGCUCUGGCCUGCUGGGUCCUGGCCACCAACUUCAGGAGAUGCUCCAGCGCCGUCUUCCUGCUCAACCUGGCUGGGGCUGACCUGCUCUUUGUCCUCCUGCUGCCCUUCAAGAUCUCCUACCACCUCCUGGGCAACCACUGGCCCUUUGGGGACUACCUGUGCCGCGCCAUGAUGGCCUUCUUCUACGGGAACAUGUACAGCUCCAUCCUCUUCCUCACCUGCAUUGGCCUGGAGCGCUACAUCUCCAUUGCACACCCCUUCCUGUGGAAGAGCUCCAGCUGGACAAAGGGCAAAGUGGGCAUCUCUGUGGGCAUCUGGCUGCUGGUGGGGCUGGGCAUGAGCCCUCUGCUUCUGCGCUCCCACACACACGAUAUCUCCAGCCUCAACAUCACAACGUGCCACGAUGUGCUAGAAAAGGAAACCCAAAGGUUCUUUGGCUGCUAUUUCCUGUUCCUGGUGGGGCUGGGCUUUGGGCUGCCCUUCGUGCUCAUGAUCAUCUCCUACAGCUGCAUCCUGGUGCGGCUGCUGGCCAAGGGAGGGGGCCACGGGCAGGUGAUCCGUGUCCUGGCCCUGGUCCUGCUGGUCUUCAUCCUCUGUUUCACGCCCAGCAACGUGCUGCUCUUCAUCCACCACCUGCUGGAGCCCACGGGCUGCAACAACGGCACCUACAUCUCCUACGCCCUGGCCCUGGUGCUCAGCGCCUGCAACAACUGCUUUGAUCCCUUCAUCUACUUCUACGUGUCCCGGGAUUUUCGGGGCUGGCUCCAGGAUGCAGGAGGCCGCUGCCUGCGGGGGCUUGAGGCCUCGUCGGGGAGGUCCACGGAGAAGACAGCCCUGCCCCUGAGGUCCAGUGAGCAGAGCCAGGGCUGCCAGGCUGUGUCCCCCUGCCCUGGGGAUGGGGGAGCCUGA